GAGGGAGAGAGGCAUGUGUUCCAGGAGCCGGGCCUGACGUCACCGACUGUGUUGAUUUGCUAACCUUAAAGGACAGAGGAGUUAGUGAGCAUGAGAGCGGGCACUGCGAACUGCUGGAUCAGGCUGCUGCUUUAACAGCACCAUCUCCACUCACCUACAUGCCUGCGGAGAGGGACGGGGAACACAGCACCCCAUCACAGGUCAUCUGGUUCCAGUGUUCAGCCCUCCAGAAGAAGAAACAAACAUACUAAUGACUAGACCCCCGGAGCAGUAUGGAUUUGACUAAUAUGGGUAUGAUACAGCUGCAAAACCCCAAUCACCCCACGGGCCUUCUCCUGAAAGCCAACCAAAUGCGGUUGGCUGGGACUCUCUGUGAUGUGGUGAUUAUGGUGGAUACUCAAGAGUUUCAUGCCCAUAGGACAGUAUUGGCUUGUACUAGUAAGAUGUUUGAAAUCCUUUUCCACCGUAGCAGCCAACAUUACACUUUGGACUUUCUGUCGCCAAAGACUUUUCAACAGAUUCUGGAGUAUGCUUACACUGCCACUCUGCAAGCUAAGGUGGAAGAUUUGGAUGAUCUCCUGUAUGCUGCAGAAAUUCUAGAAAUAGAGUAUUUAGAGGAGCAGUGUCUGAAGAUCUUAGAAACCAUACAAGCUUCAGAAGAGAAUGAUGGUGAACUUGGUACAGGUGAGAAGGCCAUGGAUGAUGAAGAAGACAGAAAAUCAAGAUAUAUAAAAAAUAUGUUAAACAACGCAAAGCAUUCCAGUGAAGAGAGUGGUUAUUCCAGUAUGGGUAAUCAAAGUCUGGUGGAUCAAAGUCCAUCAGUGUCAACGUCUUAUGGACUUUCGGGCAUGAGCCCAACCAAGACUGCUGUGGAUAGUUUAAUGACUAUUGGCCAGUCAUUGCUUCAAGGAGCACUGCAACAAAAUGCACUAGAUUUGCACUCCACAAGCAGACUUCAAAGUCUGUCUGAGGUGAAAACAGAAGUCAUGCAGGUGGAUGAGGUGUCUAACCAAGAUAGCCCAACAGCAGAAACCAGUGGAUCUGGUGGGGACAAGUCUGAUGAUAAAAGCAAGGAGAGCCCAGGAACCCCAACCCGCAGUAGUGUUAUCACAAGUGCUCGAGAUCUUACCUUUAAUCGUGAUGAGACUGCUCCAGAACAAGCUCUUGAGUUAGGUCAGGGUUUCAGUCUCGGGCAAGAGCAUGCCCUCUCCCAUGCCGAGAAACAGCUUAGCGUGUACUCCGUCCUCCCAAAUCGUAAGGGGGAGACUAUGAUUAGUGUGCCAACAUCCAUGGCCUCUGCUCUUCACAUGCAGCCAGCCCUGGCUGUGUCAAUGGACUUCAGUACUUAUGGUGGACUUCUACCGCAAGGCUUCAUUCAGCGAGAGCUCUUCAGCAAAUUAGGUGAAAUUGCAGCGGGGAUGAAGCAUGACGGUAGAAACAUCGGUGAACGCUGCAGUGUGUGUGGUGCGAACCUCCCAGACAAUGAAUCUGUAGAACAUCACAGGAAGCUUCACAGUGGCAUGAAGACCUAUGGCUGUGAGCUGUGUGGGAAGAGGUUCCUGGACAGUUUGAGGCUUCGAAUGCACUUGCUGGGUCAUUCAGGCUGGCACUUUGUUGCUCCAGACGCACACAACUUAACGCCUAAGCACCAUGGAGAUUCUGGAGUCGGUGAAAAACGAUCGCUCUGUUUUUUGUUUCUCGUUUAGUUGGCUCAUUUUGACCCUGAAUAUUUUAUGUUGACAUUCAUAUUAAAAUCGCUGUUUUCAGCUAGUUUGGCGGCGGGACCGAGAAAUUGUAUCAAUAUUUAUUUA